AUGCGUUCUAAAAAAUGCCACGAGCUGGAUUCUCAGAAGUGUGUGUCGAGGGCGGUUCCACACAAAGCCGACGAAGGAGACGCGCUUACGUGGGAGUGCGUGCGCGCGAGCGUGACGCGUGUUCGCUGGAAUGAGGUUCAGCACAGGCGACGCGACCCAACUUACAAAGUGGUCGUGUUAAACGAGUACAUCCUCCAAGCCGCCACUUUUACUAUGGCUUAUAAUGAAACUAAUACUCGUUGGAUAAACACAGCAUCGGCCGGCGUGGCUCCAGCAAUUUCUUCCUCAGAAAACAUAAUUGUGGUGGCUAGCGAGUGUCGGGAGUCGCGAGCCUCGCUUCACGGUACAGCGCCCAUCCUUGCCCAGACUGCGUCCACUUUUCAUUCAGUACAUUGCCCCUUUGGUGUCAAUAACGAGAAACAUAAAGAGAGCAAUUCUAUUUGUGUGGUGUCUUGGGAGCCUAGUGCUAAUUACGAGGCGGCGACAUUUUUGCUGCAUUACGCACACCCAGUUGGGAGGCCGGCGAAAUUGUACCCGCUUUGUGUUGUUCCGGCUACUAUAUCGCAGAUGCAGAUUACCUCGACAUAG